CAGCAACGUCCCGUCCUCACUCGCGAACGCGACGACUAUCAACUUUUCAACAUCACAAUUUUCUUUGAGUUCGUUUUUGCACCCUCGACUUUUCCCCCUCGAUGCGGUGCAGCAACCACAACUUGUCCGCGACAUAGAGACAUCCUGGUUUGGGUGGGGUCGGACUGAUUAACGCCACCAAGCUGCAGGCAGAGCCGACGCGGCGGCGACAUUCGAGUGCAGAUAUAUAUCAUCGCGACCUGAAUCCCAUCCCAUUUCCAGUCGACCCCGAGAUACCCCUAAUAAUCCGCCCAAGAUGUCCGACUAUCAGCGCGAUGUCUCGCAGUACAAGUACUCGGCCAUGUCCAACCUGGUUCUCCAGGCGGACCGUCGGUUUGUCACAAGACGGACUGACGAGGCCACUGGAGAUCCGGAGUCGCUGGCCGGGCGUUUGUCCAUCAAGGAAAUGGGUGGCCGUGUAGGUCGGGGCGCAGCGCCAAAGACGAAGAAGACGGGCGCCAUGCCGGAUGUGGAACGAGGGAGCAUGCGGGAGGGCGCCGAUAUUCUACGACAUAUGAAGCAGCAGAAGAGCAAGGCGGACGCGCGUGGGGGCGGUAUCCUGUCUGGCGCCGACGCCUUGAUUGAGGGCAUCCGGUAUCGACCCCGGACUCAGCCUACCCGCGAUGCCUUCAACCUCAUUUUGACCAUAGUGGCAGAACACCUUGGCGAUGUUCCCCACGAGGUCGUGCGCAGUGCUGCCGACGCGACCCUAGAGUAUCUCAAGGACGACGACCUGAAGGAUUUCGAUAAGAAGAAGGAAGUCGACGAUAUUUUGGGGGUCUCGAUGAACCCAAAGCAGUUCAACGAGCUAAUCAACCUCGGGAAGAAGAUUACGGAUUACGAUGCACAGGAUGAAGACGAGGACAUGGAGGAUGUACAACGAGCCGGCGAGGACGAAAUCGACGGUCGCCAGGGUGUCGCUGUCAACUUUGAGAACGAGGAUGAUGAUGACGGACUGCUCGACGUCGUUCGGGACGAGUCCUCGGAGGACGAGGACCAGGACGAAGAAGAUCUCCCGGAUCUCCCAGAAACGGCCGAGGGCGGGGAAGCAGGCGAGGACCACGACGAGGAAGAGGUGGGGUUGGCCGACGGCGAGGCUAUGGUGAUCGAUGCUGUCCCCCAAGGAAAAGCCAAGUCGGAAGAGCAAAACUCCGUCCCAGCCCGGGAUAUUGAUGCGUACUGGUUGCAACGCCAGAUCGGCCGACUCUAUCCCGAUGCCCACACCCAGCACGACAAAACCCUACAAGCUCUGAAGAUUCUAUCAGGGGAGCCGGAUGAACCCGAUGGCGAGGAGAAGCAGCUUCGGGACAUCGAGAACGACCUCAUGGAGCUGUUUGACUACGAGCACCAUGAGAUCGUGCAAAAGCUCAUCGAAAACCGCGAGAAGGUCGUGUGGCUCACGCGCCUAGCAAAGGCGGAGGGCCAGGAGGACCGCGACACCAUCGAGCGGGAGAUGGCUUCUGAAGGGCUGCGAUGGAUCCUUGACGAGCUGCAUGGCAAGUCCAAAGACGGCCAGAAGAAACCCAAGAUGGAAAUCAAGAUGGACAUCGACAAGAGCACCCUUGAGGAUGGGCGGCCUCAGACGGAGGAACAACCCGAAGGGCAGUUGGUGGGGGGACUCCAACCUAAAAAACUCAUCAACUUGGAGAACCUCGUCUUCGACCAGGGGAACCAUCUCAUGACCAACCCGAGGGUCACGCUUCCGGACGGCACGACGAAGCGGACUUUCAAGGGAUACGAGGAGGUCCACAUCCCGCAACCCAAACCGCGGAACGACCCUAGUGACCUGAACAUCCCGGUUUCCGAAUUGCCCGAGUGGGCUCAAUCGCCCUUCAGUACGACCAAGUCCUUGAACAAGAUCCAAUCCAAGUGUUAUCCUUCCGCCUUCCAGGAUGACGGUAACAUGCUCAUCUGCGCCCCGACAGGCAGUGGCAAGACAAACGUUGCCAUGCUCACAAUCCUUCGGGAGAUUGGCAAGAAUAGAAAUAGCCGGGGGGAGAUUGAUCUGGAUGCGUUCAAGAUUGUUUACAUCGCCCCCUUGAAGGCCCUUGUCCAGGAGCAGGUUGGAAAUUUCGGGAAGAGGUUGCAGCCGUACGGCAUCAAGGUGUCAGAGCUGACAGGUGACCGCCAACUCACCAAGCAGCAAAUAUCGGAGACCCAGGUCAUUGUGACGACCCCUGAGAAAUGGGAUGUCAUCACGAGGAAGGCAACCGACAUCUCAUACACAAACCUCGUCCGCCUUAUCAUCAUCGACGAGAUCCAUCUGCUGCACGACGACCGUGGUCCGGUCCUGGAAAGCGUUGUCAGCAGGACGAUCCGCAAGACCGAGCAGACGGGUGAGCCAGUCCGCAUCGUCGGCCUGUCCGCUACACUUCCCAACUACCGGGAUGUGGCCAGCUUCCUCCGGGUUGAUUUCGAAAAGGGCAUGUUCCACUUUGACGGGUCAUUCCGCCCAUGCCCCUUGCGGCAAGAGUUUAUUGGCGUUUCGGAUAAGAAGGCUAUCAAGCAGCUCAAGACGAUGAACGACAUCACCUACCAGAAGGUCCUCGAGCACGUUGGCCAAAACCGCCAUCAGAUGCUGGUGUUUGUGCACUCGAGAAAGGAGACGGCCAAGACGGCAAAGUACAUCCGCGACAAAGCCCUGGAAAUGGAAACCAUCGACCAAAUUCUCAAACACGAUGCCGGUACCCGCGAGGUCUUGAGCGAAGCUUCCAACUCGGUCAACAACACCGACCUCAAGGAUAUCCUACCUUACGGUUUUGGCAUCCAUCACGCCGGCAUGAGUCGGGAAGACAGGACUGACGUCGAGGAGCUCUUCGCAAGUGGACACAUCCAAGUGCUGGUGUGCACGGCAACCCUUGCCUGGGGUGUCAACCUGCCCGCCCAUACGGUUAUCAUCAAGGGCACGCAAGUCUACUCUCCAGAGAAGGGUAGCUGGGUCGAGCUGAGCCCCCAGGAUGUGCUGCAGAUGCUUGGCCGUGCGGGCCGUCCUCAGUUCGACAAAUAUGGUGAGGGCAUCAUCAUCACCACCCAAGGCGAGAUUCCAUACUAUCUGUCGUUGCUCAACCAGCAGUUGCCGAUCGAAAGUCAGCUUGCGAGCAAACUCGUCGAUAACCUGAACGCCGAAAUCGUUCUCGGCAACAUCCGAAGCCGCGACGAGGGCGUGGAGUGGCUUGGCUACACUUAUCUCUUCGUCCGCAUGCUUCGUUCUCCAGGACUUUAUAGCGUUGGCGCCGAGUACGAAGACGAUGGCGCGCUGGAGCAAAAGCGGGUUGACUUGAUCCAUUCCGCCGCGACGGUCCUGAAGAAAUCCAACUUGGUCAAGUACGACGAAAAGACCGGCAAAGUCCAAUCCACAGAGCUCGGGCGCAUUGCCUCCCACUACUACAUCACUCAUACUUCGAUGGACACGUACAACAAGCUCAUCCAGCCAUCCAUGAACGACGUCGAGUUGUUCCGCGUCUUCGCUCAGAGCGGCGAGUUCAAGUACAUCCCCGUCCGUCAAGAGGAGAAGCUUGAGCUCGCCAAAAUACUCGCCCGCGUUCCGAUCCCCGUGAAGGAGAGUAUCGAAGAGCCGACGGCCAAGAUCAACGUUCUUCUUCAAGCCUACAUCUCCCGCCUCAAGCUUGAUGGAUUGGCUCUCAUGGCUGACAUGGUUUACGUCACCCAGUCCGCUGGCCGUAUUCUCCGCGCCAUCUUUGAGAUUACUCUGAAGAAGGGCUGGGCCUCUGUCGCCAAGCUCGCCCUGAAUCUUUGCAAAAUGGCCGAGAAGAGGAUGUGGCCCACCAUGUCACCUCUCAGGCAGUUUCCCAGUUGCGCUAUCGAGAUUGUGAGGAAAGCAGAGAGGAUAGAGGUCCCGUUCAGCAGCUACUUUGAUCUGGACCCUCCUCGCAUGGGCGAGUUGCUUGGCUUGCCAAAGGCUGGCAAGACCGUGUGCGGUCUCGUCUCUAAGUUCCCUCGGGUCGAAAUCCAGGCCAAUGUACAACCCAUGACAAGGUCGAUGCUGCGUGUCGAGCUUACCAUUACCCCCAAUUUCGAGUGGGACGCUGACGUUCACGGGUUGUCUGAAAGCUUCUGGAUCCUCGUGGAGGAUUGUGAUGGCGAGGACAUCCUCUUCCAUGAUCAGUUCAUCCUGCGCAAGGACUACGCUGAAUCGGAGACCAAUGAGCACACCGUCGAGUUCACGGUGCCCAUCUCCGAGCCGAUGCCACCCAACUACUUCAUAUCGGUCAUCUCCGAUCGGUGGAUGCACUCCGAAACCCGCAUGGCAGUGUCAUUCCAGAAGCUCAUCCUGCCGGAGCGGUUCCCUCCGCAUACAGAGCUGCUCGACUUGCAACCCCUUCCUGUGUCGGCUCUCAAGGCCAAGGACUACGCGGCCCUUUAUCCCGACUGGCAGCAAUUCAACAAGGUGCAGACACAGACCUUUAAUUCCCUGUUCAACACCGACAACAAUGUCUUGGUGGCCUCGCCAACUGGUAGCGGCAAGACCGUCUGCGCGGAAUUUGCUUUGUUGCACCACUGGGCGAAUGAAGACUCUGGACGCGCAGUCUACAUCGCGCCGUUUCAAGAACUUGUGGAUCAACGAUUUGAGGACUGGCAAAAGCGCUUUUCAAACCUCCGUGGGGGCAAGGACGUUGUGAAGCUAACGGGUGAGACCUCCAGCGACCUCAAGCUGCUCGAGCAAGGAGACCUCAUCCUAGCCACUCCCCUCCAGUGGGAUGUCCUAUCCCGGCAAUGGAAGCGGAGGAAGAACGUUCAGACGGUGGAGCUGUUCAUCGCGGAUGAGCUGCAUCUUCUCGGCGGUCAAAUGGGGUACAUCUACGAGAUCAUUGUGUCUCGGAUGCACUACAUCCGCACACAAACAGAACUCCCCAUGAGGAUCGUCGGCCUCAGCGUCUCCCUGGCCAAUGCCCGCGACGUCGGCGAGUGGAUUGAUGCCAAGAAGCAUGACAUCUACAACUUCAGCCCGCAUGUGCGCCCGGUGCCGCUGGAGCUGCAUAUUCAGUCCUACACCAUCCCUCACUUCCCGUCCCUUAUGCUCGCCAUGGCUAAGCCGACAUACCUCGCUGUUACCCAGUUGUCGCCAGACCAACCGGCCCUCAUUUUCGUUCCGAACCGGAAGCAGACCAGAGCAACGGCUCGCGAUAUUCUCACGGCCUGCCUUGCGGAUGACGACGAAGACCGGUUCCUACACGUCGAAGUCGAUCAGAUCCGGAAGCUUCUCGACCGAGUCCAGGAGGAAGCCCUCGCCGAGGCUCUAUCUCACGGCGUGGGUUACUACCACGAAGCCCUGAGCCAGAGCGACAGACGUAUUGUCAAGCAUCUCUACAAGAACGGUGCCAUUCAAGUACUCAUCGCCUCUCGCGACGUCUGCUGGGAGCUUGAUUGCACGGCACACCUGGUCAUCGUCAUGGGUACUCAGUACUUCGAGGGCAGGGAACACCGUUACGUCGACUAUCCUCUAAGCGAGGUCCUCCAAAUGUUUGGCAAGGCCGUGCAGGCGUCCAAGGACGGGCGCAGCCGCGGCGUCCUCAUGCUUCCGGCCGUGAAGAGGGAGUACUACAAGAAGUUCCUAAAUGAAGCGCUACCGGUUGAGUCGCACCUUCACAACUACCUCUACGACGCGUUCGUGACGGAGAUCAGCACCAAGAUGAUCGAGUCGGGUGAAGACGCCAUCAACUGGGCCACAUUCACGUAUUUCUACCGGCGCCUUCUUGCCAACCCAAGCUACUACAGCUUGACAGACCCGACGCACGAAGGGCUGAGCCAGUAUCUCUCCGACAUGGUCGAGGCGACGUUGAAGGAGCUGGCUGAUUCCAAGAUCAUCGACAUGGACGAGGACGACGGGGCGGUUGCGCCACAGAACGCUGCGAUGAUCGCGGCCUACUACAACAUCUCGUACUACACGAUGCAGACGUUCCUCCUAUCGCUCAACCAGAAGACCAAGCUGAAGGGCAUCUUGGAGAUCGUGACGUCGGCUACCGAGUUUGAGUCGAUUCAGAUCCGGCGGCACGAGGAGGUCAUCCUCCGGCGCAUCUACGACAAGAUUCCGGCCAAGAUGUCGGUGGUGGCUUAUGACUCGCCUCAUUUCAAGGCGUUCGUCCUGGUUCAGGCGCACUUCUCGAGGAUGAACUUGCCGAUUGACCUCGCCAAGGACCAGGAGGUCAUCCUGACCAAACUCCUCAGCCUACUAAGCGCCGUUGUCGAUAUCCUCUCGUCCGAAGGCCAUCUGAACGCGAUGAAUGCUAUGGAAAUGUCGCAGAUGGUGGUGCAGGCCAUGUGGGAUCGCGACAGCCCGCUGAAGCAGAUUCCCAACUUCACGCCAGAGGUGGUCAAGGUGGCGAACAAGUACGAAAUCAAUGACAUCUUUGACUUUAUGGAGAAGAUGAACCCCGAGGAGAACGCCGACUACGGCUCGCUCGUCAACGACCUCGGCCUCUCUCAGGCACAGCUCGCGCAGGCGGCCAACUUCACAAACUCCAAGUACCCGGACAUCUCGCUCGAGUUCGACGUCGAGGACAAGGAGAACAUCCGCGCGGGCGAGCCGGCGUACCUCAAGAUCCACAUCGAGCGCGAGGUGGAGGAGGACGAGGAGUUCGAUCCCACGGUGCACGCGCCGUUCUACCCGGCCAAGAAGUCGGAGAACUGGUGGCUUGUGGUUGGCGAGGAGAGCUCCAAGACGCUGCUCGCCAUCAAGCGGGUCACGGUCGGCCGGGAGCUCAACCUCAAGCUAGAAUACACGGUGCCCACGCCCGGGCGCCACGACCUGAACCUGUUCUUGAUGAGCGACAGCUAUGUCGGGGUCGAUCAGGCGCCUACUUUCUCGGUCAUGGUCGAGGAGGGGAUGGAUGUGGACGAGAGCGAGGAGGAGGAGGAGGAUGAGGAGUAACGUGGUGGAAACGGGUGUGUCAAGAGAGAAGAGAUGGGGUUUUGGACAGCUGUACGGUACACAACGGAGUUGGACGGGGCAAUU